GGGCCGCCGCGAUCAUGUCGGACCAGGCGCCCAAAGUUCCUGAGGAGAUGUUCAGGGAGGUCAAGUAUUACGCGGUGGGCGACAUCGACCCGCAGGUUAUUCAGCUUCUCAAGGCUGGAAAAGCGAAGGAAGUUUCCUACAAUGCACUAGCCUCACACAUAAUCUCAGAGGAUGGGGACAAUCCAGAGGUGGGAGAAGCUCGGGAAGUCUUUGACUUACCUGUUGUAAAGCCUUCUUGGGUGAUUCUGUCCGUUCAGUGUGGAACUCUUCUGCCAGUAAAUGGUUUUUCUCCAGAAUCAUGUCAGAUUUUUUUUGGAAUCACUGCCUGCCUUUCUCAGGGUGUUGAUACAAGCUGGAGCUCUUUGUUGGAGUCUUCCAGAGCUCUCCCAGGGAGAGGUAGGGAAGGGAGCUUGUCCAGCAGAAGUUGGGAAGCACAGAGAUCAUCUGCCUUCUUCUGACCCGGUGUCAUCUGAAGACAGAAGUGCCCUGUGGGCUUUGGUUACGUUCUAUGGGGGAGAUUGUCAGCUAACCCUCAAUAAGAAAUGCACGCAUUUGAUUGUUCCAGAGCCAAAGGGGGAGAAAUACGAAUGUGCUUUAAAGCGAGCAAGUAUUAAAAUUGUGACUCCUGACUGGGUUCUGGAUUGCAUAUCAGAGAAAACCAAAAAGGACGAAGCAUUUUAUCAUCCUCGUCUGAUUAUUUAUGAAGAGGAAGAAGAAGAAGAGGAGGAGGAAGUAGAAAAUGAGGAACAAGAUUCUCAGAAUGAGGGUAGUACAGAUGAGAAGUCAAGCCCUGCCAGCUCUCAAGAAGGGUCUCCUUCAGGUGACCAGCAGUUUUCACCUAAAUCCAACACUGAAAAAUCUAAAGGGGAAUUAAUGUUUGAUGAUUCUUCAGAUUCAUCACCGGAAAAACAGGAGAGAAAUUUAAACUGGACCCCGGCCGAAGUCCCACAGUUAGCUGCAGCAAAACGCAGGCUGCCUCAGGGAAAGGAGCCUGGGUUGAUUAACUUGUGUGCCAAUGUCCCACCCGUCCCAGGUAACAUUUUGCCCCCUGAGGUCCGGGGUAAUUUAAUGGCUGCUGGACAAAACCUCCAAAGUUCUGAAAGAUCAGAAAUGAUAGCUACCUGGAGUCCAGCUGUACGGACACUGAGGAAUAUUACUAAUAAUGCUGACAUUCAGCAGAUGAACCGGCCAUCAAAUGUAGCACAUAUCUUACAGACUCUUUCAGCACCUACGAAAAAUUUAGAACAGCAGGUGAAUCACAGCCAGCAGGGACAUACGAAUGCCAACGCAGUGCUGUUUAGCCAAGUGAAAGUGACUCCAGAGACACACAUGCUACAGCAGCAGCAGCAGGCCCAGCAGCAGCAGCAGCAGCACCCGGUUUUACACCUUCAGCCCCAGCAGAUAAUGCAGCUCCAGCAGCAGCAGCAGCAGCAGAUCUCUCAGCAACCUUACCCCCAGCAGCCACCGCAUCCAUUUUCACAGCAACAGCAGCAGCAGCAGCAAGCCCAUCCGCAUCAGUUUUCACAGCAACAGCUACAGUUUCCACAGCAACAGUUGCAUCCUCCACAGCAGCUGCAUCGCCCUCAGCAGCAGCUCCAGCCCUUUCAGCAGCAGCAUGCCCUGCAGCAGCAGUUCCAUCAGCUGCAGCAGCACCAGCUCCAGCAGCAGCAGCUCGCCCAGCUCCAGCAGCAGCACAGCCUGCUCCAGCAGCAGCAGCAACAGCAGAUUCAGCAGCAGCAGCUCCAGCGCAUGCACCAGCAGCAGCAGCAGCAGCAGAUGCAAAGUCAGACAGCGCCACACUUGAGUCAGACAUCACAGGCGCUGCAGCAUCAGGUUCCACCUCAGCAGCCCCCGCAGCAGCAGCAGCAACAGCAGCCACCACCACCGCCUCAGCAGCAUCAGCUUUUUGGACAUGAUCCAGCAGUGGAGAUUCCAGAAGAAGCCUUCUUAUUGGGAUGUGUGUUUGCAAUUGCGGAUUAUCCAGAGCAGAUGUCUGAUAAGCAACUGCUGGCCACCUGGAAAAGGAUAAUCCAGGCACAUGGCGGCACUGUUGACCCCACGUUCACGAGUCGAUGCACACACCUUCUCUGUGAGAGUCAAGUCAGCAGCGCGUAUGCACAGGCAAUAAGAGAAAGAAAGAGAUGUGUCACUGCACACUGGUUAAACACAGUCUUAAAGAAGAAGAAAAUGGUACCGCCGCACCGAGCCCUUCACUUCCCAGUGGCCUUCCCACCAGGAGGAAAGCCGUGUUCACAGCAUAUUAUUUCUGUGACUGGAUUUGUUGAUAGUGACAGAGAUGACCUAAAAUUAAUGGCUUAUUUGGCAGGUGCCAAAUAUACGGGUUAUCUAUGCCGCAGCAACACAGUCCUCAUCUGUAAAGAACCAACUGGUUUAAAGUAUGAAAAAGCCAAAGAGUGGAGGAUACCCUGUGUCAACGCCCAGUGGCUUGGCGACAUUCUUCUGGGAAACUUUGAGGCACUGAGGCAGAUUCAGUAUAGUCGCUACACGGCAUUCAGUCUGCAGGAUCCAUUUGCCCCUACCCAGCAUUUAGUUUUAAAUCUUUUAGAUGCUUGGAGAGUUCCCUUAAAAGUGUCUGCAGAGUUGUUGAUGAGUAUAAGACUACCUCCCAAACUGAAACAGAAUGAAGUAGCUAAUGUCCAGCCUUCUUCCAAAAGAGCCAGAAUUGAAGACGUACCACCUCCCACUAAAAAGCUAACUCCAGAAUUGACCCCUCUUGUGCUUUUCACUGGAUUCGAGCCUGUCCAGGUUCAACAGUAUAUUAAGAAGCUCUACAUUCUUGGUGGAGAGGUUGCGGAGUCUGCACAGAAGUGCACACACCUCAUUGCCAGCAAAGUGACUCGCACCGUGAAGUUCCUGACGGCGAUUUCUGUCGUGAAGCACAUAGUGACGCCAGAGUGGCUGGAAGAAUGCUUCAGGUGUCAGAAGUUCAUUGAUGAGCAGAACUACAUUCUCCGAGAUGCUGAGGCAGAAGUACUUUUCUCUUUCAGCUUGGAAGAAUCCUUAAAACGGGCACACGUUUCUCCACUCUUUAAGGCAAAAUAUUUUUACAUCACACCUGGAAUCUGCCCAAGUCUUUCCACUAUGAAGGCAAUUGUAGAGUGUGCAGGAGGAAAGGUGUUAUCCAAGCAGCCAUCUUUCCGGAAGCUCAUGGAGCACAAGCAGAACUCGAGUUUGUCGGAAAUAAUUUUAAUAUCCUGUGAAAAUGACCUUCAUUUAUGCCGAGAAUAUUUUGCCAGAGGCAUAGAUGUUCACAAUGCAGAGUUCGUUCUGACUGGAGUGCUCACUCAAACGCUGGACUAUGAAUCAUAUAAGUUUAACUGAUGGCGUCUAGGCUGCCGUGCAUGUCGACUCCUGUGGUGCGGGGCUGGCUGGCUGGCUGGCGAGGAGCUGCCGCGCUUCCUUCACAUGCUCUUGUUUUCCAGCUGCUUUCCUGGGGGAUCAGACUGUGAAGCAGGAAGACAGAUAUAAUAAAUAUACUGCAUCUUUUUAA